AAUUCAUUAAAUUAAUGGAUAAAAUGUCUUAAUAAAACGAAAUUUAACCUUAGGUGUUGUUAACGAAUGAAAUUUGUGAAAUAAGUAUAUCCAGAAACGAGGAAAAGUGAGCCUGUUGGCUUUCCAAUUAGGCCACCACCAUAAUUAUCCUUUAUUUGGUGGACACCCGAGCGAUACUUUUUAACAACGGCUUGGCAAAACUUCGGUUUCUGUGAGGAUGUCGUUUGCAUUUAAGAUAGACAAAGCUUUAAAGGCGAACUUAUAUAAAAUAUGUCGACUCUGCGGAAUCGAUAGAGAGGAAAAAGUUGAAAUACUCGAUGCUGGGCCAACCGACCAACAACAGCCGGUGGAUUGUGAUGGCGAAUUAAAGCUUCACCAAAAAAUUAUACAAUGCAUUGGCAUCACAAUAAGCAAAGAUGACAAAAUGCCUCAAAGCGCUUGUGUACUGUGUGUGGAUAAAAUCAAUGAUUUUUAUGAGUUUCGUGAAAUGUGUUAUGCCACAGAUGUACAGACUAGAAAGUUACUGGGUUUAAAACGCGAAACUCAGAAAAAGAAUGUUGUGGCGGACAUUAAGCCCAUUAUUGAUAUAAAGGAGGAAACUGUUGUGAAACGUGGGCGAAAACGCAAGUCAGAUGAAGUAGUAGCUAAGGAAGAAGCGCCGGAAGUUAAGCGAGAAACAAACCCAGUUCCGAUCAGCAGCAAAAAACAACGUUUGAAUGAGGCACCGACGGAUGCAAAAAAGAAAGGAAAACUAGGGAAGAAUUUUGAUAAAACCGUAAAACUGAUUGAUAAAACAGUAAAACAGAUUGAUAAAACCGUAAAGCCUAAAGAGGAAAUAAAAGAAGAGCCUGCGGAGAACGUGAAACCAACUACAGCACCUAGUAGUGUAACGAAAUUCCGACAAGUGUGCAACAUAUGCAAUCAGCGCUUUGGUAGCAAAGUAAAAUUGGAACAACAUGUGGCCGCGACACAUGUGCCAAACAUUCCACGAUACGUUUGCACAGCCUGUAAUGAAACCAUAAAGAAAACCAAUGAUAUCAAGAGUCAUCAGUUAUGGCAUAAAUUAUCUAAAACACCUUAUAUGUGCGGUCAUUGUGGUCAGUCAUUAAUUAGCUCCUAUGCAUAUUCCAGACAUCUUCGGGAUCACACCGUGGAAAUACCGCCAAAUCUAUGGGUACUUGAUCGCGAAUGCCCACAGUGUCACCACACAUUCUUAACAAACUUUCUCUACAAUACACACUGUUGCGCAGUUAAGACCAAAAAGUGUGCUGGUUGCAAUCGUCAGCUGCGUAACGAAGUAGAAUAUCAGCGUCACGCAGCGCACUGUAAUAAAGUUUACUUAAAUUACUCUAAACAUAUACCAGCUGCUGCCGCCGCUGCGGAAUCCACUAUUCGUAUUAAAAACGAAAAUGAUGUGGAAGCAGCUGCUGCUGAAGCACUCGCAAGAAAUGCUGGAAUAUCGCUAGACAUGGCACCAGUAGUGUCGCUAACGCGCAUCUCGACACCGGAAAUAAUUGCUGCGAGCCAGGGUAAUAGUGUAGCAGAAUAUAAUAAUGAAAGUGCUGCAGCACUAACAGAUGAUCCGAAAACACCCGCAAAGAAAGGUGGUAAGAAAGGGGUCUCUCGCAAAGAUCUUAAAAGGGUAGAUAACUUACUAAAAUCCACUUUGGAUGCACUGGUGAGUAUUAAACAUGAACCAGAGGUGCACGUAGAAACGGAUGCUGAGACACCUGCAGCAACAGGUGAGGAAACUGCCAAUAAAGAAAAAGAAUCAGAAGAUACAGGUCAUGACAACUUUCAUCAUGAUGAUGAUUUCCAUCAUGGCGAUAAUAAUGAUGAUGAAGAUGACGAAGGAAAUAGGGGUCAGGAUGCACCAAUUAGUACUCGUACUAACGAAAUAGCUAUCAAAGAAGAACCAGUAGAGGAGAAUAUUUCUUCAGCUGUUAUAAAUAUUAAACAGGAAGUGAUUGAUGUUGAAAUCGAGAACACGACACCUGCCGCAAAAAUGCCAGUAUUAAAAUUAAAAAUUAAAAAGGAACAUGGCACAUUGAAUUCAUCAAUAGUAGAGGAGCAAAAUAUUCGAGUCGAGAAGAAAAAGAAGAAGAAAAAACGAAAAGAUGCCGAGCGGAAAGGAGACAAGAUGUUGGAUGGAAAUGAACCAACACCAGAGAAUCCGACAGUGCAGGAAUCUGAAGCGACUUCGCAGAGUCUUUCCCAUCCAAACAUUUUGCGGCCCAUCAAACAAGAACGAUUGGAUGAAGCCGGCGAUGAAAUGGAAGGCAGCGGAGCAGAAGAAACGGUGCAGCCGGGCGCAACUGUUAUGACCACUAUACCUAUACCACAAUUCCAAAUAUCAGCUAUUUCAAGUGGGGUAGAAUUUGGAGAUAAUACUACGACAGCAGUCGAAGGUGAAGCAGAUAUAGAGACCAGUGAUACAGCGGCAGUCACCACACCAGAGAUGACCACUGAUGAGGGAGAGAUGGAAGAUAUCAAACCGAACAGAGCUGAGUUAGACCGCUUGUUCAAAAUAUCAAGCGUUAGCUCUGGUGUGCAGAUGGAACAAGAGAUUGAGUGCACUUACGAAACUGCAAGCGCCGUAACGUCUACAACCACAAGCCUGGUACCAGAACAGGCAGCCGAAAAUUCAAUUACCAGUGUCGGUGAAAUGGUGCAAAGAAAGGCUCCUAGAAGCGCACCUAAAGCAGUCAAGCAUAAGGCGCCAGAACAAAAACCGCGGCCAUCGACGCAAGCACGGGCAGCAAAGGCAUUCAAAUCAACUUCAGGAGUUAGCAAGAACAAUGUAAACACAGUUGUUACCUCCAAUGAAAGUAAUAUUGUAGACUAUGCUCAAAUUAAAAUAAAACCUGAACCAGUUGAUCGUGGUUAUGAGGAUGUGUUCAACGCUUACGAAGCAGCUACAAAUUCAUCCGAGCCACAAGUAGAGCCUCUAAAUGAAGGAUUGUCGAUGGGAGAAUUGACGGAGCAAGAGUAUUUGAAUAAUAUUGAUUUCUCAACUAUACAAAUCAAACAAGAAAAGGAUCUUGAUUUAUCGGACGUGGAAAUGACAAAUACACACAUCGUCACAAGCGUCAUACCAAACGGUAUGAAACGUAAACGUUCGAAUGGCGAAGAAUCUCAAUAUUCUGGAAAUGAGGAGGAUACUGAUAGUAUGGAUAAUGAAGAAACCGAAGAUGACGAUGAUGAUGAUCAUGAUGAUGAUGAUGAUGAUGAUGAUGAUGAGGAUGAUGAUGAUGAUUGGGUAGGCGUUAAGAAAGAAGAAGAAGAAAAACGUGAGUAUCGCGAACUUGAAAUGCCGCCACUGUUGUCAACAGAGGAGCCAGAAACUCCCGAGAUACCGCUGCCGGUGUCAGCAGAGCUGCAAGGAGCACUGGAGUUGCCGUCACUAAUGUCAACAGAGGAGCCAGAAACUUCCGUGAUGCCGCCGCCGUUGUCAACGGAAGUGCAAGAGGCACCUGAGUUACCGCCACUGUUGUCAACAGAGGGUCAAGACGCACUUCAGUUGCCGUCAAUAUUAUCUACAGAUGAUCAGGAAAUCCCUGAAAGAGAAAACGUGUAUGGGGAAGAAUUACAGUGCGAAUUGAAUAGAGUUAGCUUUACAUGUCCUAAUGAAGAAAACAUGACUGCCAUUUCAGCAAUAGAAAAUGCUGCUAGUACGUUACUAACAGACAAUUCUUCAAAAUCAACUGAAGCAGAAUUACCGCCGCCGUUUAUGAUAACAGGCAUUUACAGCCAAGCAGAUUGUGGCGUGUCUAAUCAAUUUUCAUCAUUAAUUGACAGAGACUCCCCGUUGGUGGAGACUGGGUUCUCAAAUGCUGUAAUUGAGCUGCCUAUCGCAGCGCCUGCAUUGCAAAUAUCCAGUGUCAUGGCUGGCUGCUCGGUAAAUUUCAAUGAUUUUUCAAAACAUGCAGAAGAAGAGGCAAUGAGUGAAUAUGGAGUGAUCGAAAAUUUGUCGGUUUCUGACGUGGAAACCAUGCAAGUUGACGAUGUGGAUGAAAGCGGUGGAACUAAUUUAUUAGAUGGAGCAGCACAUAGGAGUAUGACUGAUGAAUCAAUGGAUUUCACAUCAACAGCUCAGACAUUGUGCUUGGAGAUAAAUCAAGAUAAAGAUUCGCUUCUUAACGCACAACCAUUCUCUGAUGAUGGUUCAGAACCAGUGAACGCACUAAAUACAAUGCAGAUAAUGUUUAACCCUAAUACGAACGUAGACAUGGAUAUCUCGAUUCAACCAAAUCCUGAAAACGUAGUCGAAGAGGCCCAAAACGUUCUCAAUCACGAAGUCGUCGAAGCGCAAGCCAUUCAGCGACUAACACUAGAAGUCAUUGAGGCGACACAAAACGUCGAAGAGACUGAAAAUCUUAUGAAUGAGUGCGUAGCUGAAGCGCAAUUGCAGCAACAGCAAACUCAAUACACCGAAACUCCACCAGGAAGUAGUAUGCGACUCAAUAAUCCCGAAUGUGAGAAAAGUUGCAGUAGCAGUAACGAAAGCAUCGGUGGUGCUGGUAGCAGCAGCGGUAGCGGCAUCGGCAGUGCUAGCGGCAGCAUCGGUGCGUUGAGCCAAAGUACAUUGAUCAAUCGCCCAUUUAUGCUCGACGAUAGUAACAUAAAUGAGAUCGCCGAAAAUAACAACAAUGCAAACAUCGAACGAGAAUUACAAGACGAUGUUGCUUCUACGAAUAUCGCGAACACGUUCGAAGCGAACAUUGUUGCUGACAAUCCCGUCGCUGAGCAAAGCAAUGCGGCGGUAGUUGAGAUAAAAACGGAAGACAUAACAUGAAAACUAAAUUGAGCAAUGAAGAAGGUUUUAAAUAGUGAGAGUUCAAUUAGUUUAAGGUAAUUAUUUGCAAAACAUACAAUUACUUGGUUUUAAUAUUUUCAUAUCGUUUGGUUUCGCGUUAAUUAUUUCAAUGCAUAAGUGGCGCAAUAAGAUCUAUGUAUGUAUUUAAGCUUCUGUAUUUCAAUUGUUUACUUUUGUAUAUGUUUAAACAUAUGUUAGCUUAAGUUUGUUUCAUUUAAAAUUUACAUACAUACUUAAUAGGAAUGAGAAACGCUACAAAGCGUUUCCUUUAACUGUGUGUAUUUCUUGCAAAUCCAAUUGUACAUAUGUAGAUAUGCAUAAAUGUGCUUGAAUUUGUAGACAUACAAAUACAGGCACAUAUGAAGGGGCUGGAAUCAAAAGGAUAUAAGUAGGUCUGGCAUUAUUUUGAGAUAACUAAGGUUAAAGUUGAUUUCUUAUUGUUAAUUCUGGGUAAAUGCAUUUGAAAUGAUUCUUGCCUAAAUGAAUGCAGGUUAAUUAACUAAUUCUCUUUGGCAACGAAUAAACACUCUAUUUAACUUAACAAAUAUGGGUAUAACUUAUAUUAUCAAAAAAUGUCACUUAGACGCUUAUGAUUCUAACCCCUUCAUAUAUGUAUGCAUAUGAAUUUAUUUAUGUACCCCGAUAUACAUCUCGCUUCACUUAAGCAGACACAUUUUUUCAUUAGGAUUCAGGGAAAUGUUGAAGCUGUUUUUGAUACACUUUUUUGUGCUGAUUACGAAUCCGUAAGUAUAAGGAUUCCACCAGCUCCAGAUUUUGAGAAAAACGUGUAAUAAAGUGUAGAAAAAUCGCGUUUUUGCAAUAUUUGGGAAGCUCUAGCACAAAAAGAAAAGGUGAUAGAAUCUUUCACUUAGGCUUAAAUUAAAGCUAGAACUCUCGAAUACAAUCCUUAAAAAUAUCAUCCCUGCACCUGGACCCUAAGGCCAUUUAUAGUCAUUUAACAAACAAAUACUGGACAAUUUUGCUAUUGAAAACCAAAAAUUGUGUCAAAAUCAGGUAUUGCUGUUAAAUAAAUGGCUAUAAGUGACCUUAGGGUCAAUAUGCAAGGAUAGUAUUUUUUGGAAUCGUAGUCGAAAGUUCAAGCUUUAAUUUAAGCCUAAAUAAUCAUUUAUUUAAAUGCGGCAGGGACUAAACUAUAAAUAAAUGCCUAUAAGUGACUAUCAAGUCAAGGUGCACGGAUGGUAUCUUCAGAGAUAGUAUCGAGAGUUCUAGCUUUAAUUUAGGCCUUAGUGACACUUUGUUUCUUUGCUAGAGCUUGCAAAAAACGCGAUUCUUUGACACUUUGAACUCGUUUUUCUUAAAAUCUGGGGAUGAUGGAAACUUUAAGCUUGCGGAUACAUAAUCAGCACCAAAAAGUCUAUCAAAAACAGCUUUGACAUCUGCCGCAACAAUUUUUUCCCCCAUUUUUCUCGGCCUGUGUAAUCUUAAGAAGCUGAUCUAACCAAGGAUGUUCCUUAAUUGUGUAUUGCCUUCUUGUUUUUUCUACAUUUCGUGUACCAUACAAUGCAGGGCCCGGGCUCGAAUCGUCACAUACGAUAUCGCAUUAGUCGUCAAGUGAAAACACAUUUUUCGGAUUAUGACAUACGUAAACGUACUCUUUGGAUUGCGGUCGAUAAUAAUUUUUAAAAUUCUUCCCAAAUUUCGUUUGGUCCAUGUGAGCUUAGUGAUAUCUGAAUCUAAAUUCAGAAAAAAUCAAUUGUUUAAUGCUGUUUAACUAAACGUUACAUAAGAGGCAACUACAUAAGUCGUGGUUUCUUUUUUUACCCUUUCGGUGUUCAAAAUUGAUCAGUCUUUGAAAUGAGAUUAAAAAGGAGCUUCUUCGAUGCUUUCAAGUCCAGGAAAAAAUGUAUCUAUUCAAGUGAAACGGGGGGUAUGUAUUUUCAUAAUCAUUUCUUCAUGUCUAAAUUAUAGUGAUUGCAGAUGUAAUAUUUACAUACAUACAUACGUACAUGGAUGUAACAAAUGCUCCAAUAUACACAUAUAAGGUUUAGUUUCACUGUGUACUCCCGCGCGUUAAUCGACUGUAGUUUGAACGAAAAUCAGUUUCAUUCGCACCAAGACAAAAUCAAAAAGCUUUUUAUAAAAAAAUGUAUUAUGCUAAGAUUUUGGUGAAUGGCAAUUCUUUAAAAAUUUGUAAACUAAGUACAUACAUAUAUGUGUGAAACAGAGAAGCAUUAUUCACUUUCUUUUGUAAGCAAAGAUUACCACAAAUAAUAUAUGUAUGUAUGUAUAAUCACAUAAUGUAGAUCACAAAUGAUUUCGUAAGAGAAAAUAUUAGCAACGCUAUCAAUUAAUAAUUUGAAUAUACAUUAUAAUUGUAUGAAAACGUAAAUAUUAACAAAUUUAAUA